AUGGGCAAUGAGGGCGGCAAGAUCACCAGCUACGAUGACCUGUACAUCGAGAACCACGCCGGCGGCGACGCCUACGAGCACACCGGCGCCUCCCUCGACUCCCGCAUCCGCCGCCUCAACGCCAAGCGCCGCACGAGCAUCGUGUUCGGCCGCAAGCGGGCGCGGGAGCUGACGGAGAGCGGGGCCGACGACGACGUCUCCAGUGACGACAGCGGAGGCUUCCGGACGGAGGCGAGCGAGAAGGAGCUGACGUCGUCCCCGGAGAAGCCCCGCCUGAAGGGGAUCCUCAAGACCCGGAGGCGGCGCCGCCUGAGGAUGGAGCAGCAGCCCGGCGCCACCCUGGUCAAUGCCGGCUCCCAGCAGUCGGUCAACUCGACCUCCAUCGACGACUUCCUCCACACGCUCGUCAGGGUGGACAGCGCGGAGAGUAUGGAGGACCUCGCCAAGGACUCCAUAGAUUCGUCCGCGAGCAAGGCCGACGCCGUCCAGCCAGCCCCGCGGGACGCCCCGCCGCUGCCCCUGGAGUCCAAAUCUCCGGACCAGCCCGCGUCCGCCAGGUCGACGAGCCUGUCUCCGACACGACCCCUGAUGAACGGGCUCAUCCCGCAGACUCAGCCGCAGCCGCAGCGCCGCCUGUCCCGCCUGCCGCCGAGUCCCCCCCCGCGCUCCAGCUCGAGGACCGUCAUGUCCAAGAGCGAGUAUUCGCCCACGCCUCCACCACCACCUCCGCCUCCGGCCAACCCGACGCCGCCGCCCAUCCCGCCCAGGACGUCGAGCACGACGGCCGUUAAGGUAGAGGUUCACCAGGAUCAGUUUAUCCGCGCAGGGACGCUCCCCCCGACGGUGGCUGACGUGGCCGCGCCGGGUAGCUCGGCCGCCGCGAGGCUCCGCUCCCCGAGGCUCGCUGCGCCGGACAAGAAGAGGUCGUUCGCCCUCGAUGAGCUGGAGGAGCAGAUCUUGAUGCUGGACUCCCCCAGGGUCCAGGGUGACGCAAGGUUCAAAGACUCGCCCCCGGGAACGCCGCCGCCCACGGGGAACAUUGACGCGUACACGCCGAGGCUGGACAUGAGCCAGGAGGGCGGAGACAGCCUCCCCCUCGCCGGCAGCCCCCGCGUACCCGUAGCGGCGGCCCAGCGCAGCCCCACGAGGCCGCAGUUCCGCAAGUCGUCGGACAUCGCGCACCUCUACCUGUUCGGGGCGCGGGGCUUCAGGAAGAGGCCAGAGCAGCGCCUCUCCACCGUUUCCACUUCCUCCGAGUCGGUGGCUCACGAAGCGGAAGCGGCGCCCAGUCUGCCCCCGAGGUUUUUUCGCCCUCCCGUGCCCUUCGCCAGAAGGGUUCUCACGGGGAAGGUGCGGAAGCUUACCAAGAAAUUCGAGAAGAGCAUCGCGACCGGAGGAGCCGUGGCGGAGUGCAAGGACUCGAGUGAGGAGGACGAGGGCGAGACCACCAGCGCCCGCCUCAGGAGGCUCUUCCGCCGUCAGCUGGAUGAAAGGGCCUCGGCGAGGACCGGCUUCCAGUAUCUGACGGUGGGGCCGAGCGGGGACGUGGUGCAGCGAGGCCCCUGGGUCUCUGCCAAGCAGCCCAGCCCGGCCGUGAGGGACGCCUCGCCUCAGCGUCUGAGUGGGAGCGUCGGGCGCCAUGACAGCGACCUGGAUCUUCUUGUGCGGGAGGGGGAGGCAGUGUCCACGAGGCUCCGGAACCUCCUCACGCACAACCUAGGCUCCUCGACCUCGCCCUCCAGACUACGCAGAGCGGCUUCCACGGACUCUGCCAGACACCACUCCCUAGAGCGCCGAGCGGAGGCUGCCGACGAGUCCUCUCGCCUGAGCCGCGGUGACCUGACCUUCGAGGACACGCGGACACCUAGGGACAUCCAGCAGCCCCGCGCCAGGUCACUCACAGACGUACACAGAGGCUCACGUAGCCAGCAGACACUCCCGCUGAGGCCCACAGGCACGACCAGCACCCCUCUGAAGCCGCCCCUGGCCCCGAGCGGAGGGGCGUCGCGCGUGCGUCGUGACCUGUUCCCCGCCAGCGCCACCACCACCCCCCUCGCCGUGUCCCACCUCGCGCACGCGCACUCCGACGCCAUGGACGACCCGGAGAUGUACCGCCUCGAGGAGGAAACACGCUACCUGCAGGCCGAGGUCAAGCGGCUGGAAGAGAGUCUGGCCACUUCGCGAGCUGAGCGCGACACGGUCUCCAUACAGUACAAUGCCCUGUCCGACCAUGUUGCGGACGAGUGGCAGGAGUACCACAAGAGACUCGAGUACUUCCAUGAGGUUCACAGAAAACAGACGACUCUCAUUGACCGGUUAGCGAACAAGGUCCGCGAGUACCGAGGGCGCUGCCGUGAGCUCGAGAGUCGCAGUUCGGAGAGCGUGAGGAUCCGAGAGAGCACCGAGCGGGAACUCGAGACCCUCAACCUCGCCCUCACCACAGCGGAGGAGAAGCUGAGAGCGUCCGAGGCCCAGCACACCUUCGACCUCGAGACGGCGCUGGUCAAGCUGGAGGAUGAGCAGCAUAGAUGUGAAACCUUAGGAGUGCAGAUGACCAGCUUGCAGGAGCAGCUUGCGAAAGCAGAGUCCGCUCUCACCCAGAUGACCGACGAGAGAGACAAAGCCCAGGUUGCUCUCAAGCGCUUGACGGAUGAAGUCAAGGCUAAAGAAGAGCAGUGGACUGCAGAGUCUCAGCAAUUCAAUAACUAUUACAUAUCAGAGCACAAAAACCUACUAGACCUCUGGCGCGAGAUCGGGUCCAUCAAGCGCACCUUCUCCGAGGUGAAACACCUGACCUCCCGUGACCUGACUGACCUUCGAGGUGACCUAGACCGUUAUUCGCAUCUUUUGUCGUCCGCCUGCCAAUCAGCUCAAUCCAACAUGAGUUACAUACCAACAGGCGAUAAGGAUGAGUAUGUGGUUGCAAACCCCUCCGAUCUGUGGGGCCGCAUCCAAGAAUGUGAAAAAUCGCAGAUGCGGGCAGAAGCUGAGAAGAAUAACCUCAAGGAAAAAAUUAAUGAUCUCAACUCUAGACUCAGCGAGCUCAACAACAGCUUGCGAGACAAAGAAAGAACCAUUCAGGACCUUAAUAAAAAACUUGAAGAAGGGAUGACAGAAGCGGAGAUUCAGGAGACACUGAGGGAGAAGGUGCGCACACUGGAAUCAUAUAUGGUGGACAUUGCACAGACAGUAAUUAAGGAUUCAGAGCAGAGUUCUGGUGAUGUGGAUGGCAAGACGCCCUCUGCAUUCAGAAUUGUGCGUGACUCAGAACAAGGCGUAGCACCAGACCUACCCCAGAGCACUGUUUCUGCUGUACGAACAGCCCUCUCAAAUAGACAUGUACAAAUCCACGAGUUACAGCUGAAGCUAACUUCCACCAAGGAUCAGCUUGCAUCCUUGAAGAAGCAGUAUGAGGCAACUGAAGAUUCUCAGAGGACCUUAGAGUCCACUAUUGCCGAACUCCGUGAUGAGCUGGAGUCAGUGCAUAGACAGAAGGAGGAGAUUGGAAGGGAGAAGGAACGACUCACAGAGGAUUUGGAUGCAGCUGUGGCAGAGAAGAGUUCCCUUGAGAAAGCUAAGCAGACUCUCAAAGCCCAGUUGCAAAAUGCUGAAGAAGAAACAGAACGCAGAAGCAAGCAGGUUGCUGAACUGGAGAAGGAGAAAGCAGCUUUGGGCGAGGAACGAGCUUACCUCAACAGCAAGCUCGGGAAGGAAAAAGAGGAAGUGCAGAAGCAUGUUCAUACCAUCACUGUCCUCAACUCUGAGCUGGCCAGUGUCCAACAACAGGUAACUAUUCUAUCUGAAACCUUGGGGAAGGUCCGAGCUGCUGAAGAACGAUUAGACCAGGAAAGAGAUGACCUGAAGGACCAGAUCCGAGCCAUGGAGCGGCAGCGGGCUGACCUCGAGGCUAAGCUGGCACAUUCAUUGCGCCAGGAGACUGACCUAAGGGAUGCCUUGGAGAAGGUCGAGUCUUACAAUAUCAACUUAGGCCAAGACAAGUCCCAGCUGGUAUCUAAGAUCACUUCCUUGGAGACUGAACGAGCAGCAUUAGGCACAGAGCGAGCAGAACUGCGGGCAGAAGUGGAGCGACUCAAAGACGAUCUGGAGGCACUGGAGGAGGAACGAUCCAGUCAUGAAACUACUAUAACCACUCUUAAUGAAAAGAUCAAUCUUCUUAAUGUGGACAAGGAGAAAAUUGAAUUAGAAUUAAAUGACAUCAUAUCUGAACGGAAUGAGCUCCACGGACAGCUGACAUCUUUGGAAAGAGUUAAAACAAAUCUGGAGAGUGAACUUACCACCGUUACAAAUACAUUAGCAGAGAAAGUCAAACUUAUUGAACGUCUCAAUUCAGACAAAGAAGGAUUAACCAAGGAGAAUGCAGAAAUGGAGGUAAAGCUUACAGGAGCAGAGAAGGAACUGGCAGCUUUGCGUGAAUCUUUAGCCACUCUAAAGGCAGAGAAGCAGAGUCUUGAGAGCUUUGCCACUUCCUUAGAGAAGAAGUGGUCAAACAACGAGGCUCGGCGAACACAGCUAGAGAAGGAGAAUCAUCAGUUGACAACAGACAAAGAGCGUCUCAAUACUCAGAUGAACAAACUCCAGCGUGAGCUUGAGGGUGAAUUGUCUAAGUUACGAGAAGCUCGGACUGCCUUAGAACGUCGCUUAGAUGAAAAGGAAACCGAACAUAAGAAGUCUAUCAUGCAUAUGAAGGACCAGCAUGAGGAGACCAUAGACAGCUUACGCAAAGAGAAGAACAAUCUACAGUCAGAGUUGGAAGACAAACUGAACUCGACCAUCCACUCUAUGAAGAUGGAGAGAGAUGAGCUCGAACUCAAGAAGGACCAAGAGAUAUCGAACCUGAAGCGCUUUACCGAGAAACUCCAGCGGGAGAGAGAUGAUUCAACUCUCCGCUUUGAGGAAGAGAAGCAUAGGUCAAUGAUGAUAGCUAAACAAGAAAUCUCCAGCUUAGAAGAGAAGGUCGCUGUCCUGCAACGAGAUCUGUCAAGCUAUGAAAACCAACUGGAGCAACUCCGUCGUGAGGGAUCCAGCAAGGCCGAGGCAGGCCGAGCAAGUGAAGGGGCUCUGCACACCCAGAUCGUCAAGCUCAAGGAGGAAUUACACUCAUCCAGUCAGCAAUUUGAAAAGCAGCUCAAAGAUGAGAAAGACUCGUAUGAGCGCAGAAUACGAGAGCUCCAGAGCCGUCUAGAUGAAUCCAGAAGAGAUCACGAGGUGGAAAUCACAUCCAUCAAGACGGACUUGAGACUGGCUCGAGAGGAUGCAUGUAGGCUUCAGCAGGAUUUGGAGGAUGCAGAAGAGAAGCUCAAAGAGGCGGAAGACACCCGGGUCACACUAAAGAAAGAGGUGACAAGACUCAACGAGGAAAUGCGAACCAGUGAAGAACGGCACUCAAGCGACCUGCAAUCUUUCAUCAAGAAAUCAGACAAUGAAAAGAGAGAUUUGCAGAAGCGCAUAGAUGAUAAAGACAGCAAGCUGAGCACCCUAGAAGUCUCUGAAGCCAAGCAUGCUGACCUAAUAGCCCGCAUGACAACACAACUUCGGGAACUCAGCGCCACCAAGCAGGAUGCCAACAGGGAGGUUUCUGACCUCAAGAAGAAGCUCCAGCUGUUGGAGACUGAGGGUAUGGGCAAGUCACAGGAGUUGGAAAACCUCCGUCUCCGCCUCACACAGGAGGAAGAUCGUCACAGCGAAAGUAGGAAGGAGGUCAGCAAGUUGAAGACCAAGCUGGCAGAGUAUGAGAGAGAGCGAGACAACCUGCAGACGGAGUUGGCUCUCCUUGAACGCAGACUGACAGAGCUCGAGGAUCACCAUGCUGCCAAGGAACAGGAACUUGCCUCAAGUCUUGAGGAGUCUCGUGCUAAUGAGCGUAAGCUAAAUGACGAGAAGAAGAAUCUUGAAAAUUACCUUAAUAAUGCCAACCAACAAAUUAGUGAUCUCAAGGUGAAGUUAUCCAGAGAAGAAGGCCAUGUUGAAGCCCUAGAACAGCAACUAACCACACUCGACAAUAACAGGGACCAGCUCGAGAGGAAACUGCAAAACGUGUACACAUCAUUACGGACUGUCACUCGCAUGUACCAGGACACCUCACCAGCAUCACCUGCAUUAAGGAGCAGGAAGGGCACCAAGAUUGGUUUCGAACUGUCUGGUAGCCAGAGUGAUCUGCAUGCAUCCAUUGAAGCUCUUGGAUCAUCUGAAAAGGUCAACGUUGCAGACAUUGACCCAGAGACUGUUCGCCAUGAGCUGCGAGCUCUCAUGACACAGAUGAACCAAGUAGAACUGGAAAGGGAUGACGCCAUGGCUCGUGUGUCGAGUCUUGAACGUCAGCUUUCCGAGCUCCAGGAAUCUCACCACAAGUCGGAGGCAAGACUAAGAGACGUUACUCGCACCCUCUCAGAGUUAGAGGAGAAGAAGCGCUAUGCAGAUGACAAACUUAAUAAGUCCUUGUCAAAUGCCAGCCAGCAGGAGGACGCUCUUCGACGCAAGGAGAGUGAGAUCCGCAGCCUGAACGAAGAGCUGAGCAACACAAGGCGUAAGGUCUCUGAUCUGGAGCAUGACAGGAGCACUCUGGAUGACCGUGUACAGAAACUGAAAAGUGCAGUUGGUCGACUGGAAAUUGAAAAUGCAGAUAUCAAGGAAAAGCUGAGGGCAGCAGAACAGCGAGGAACUCUCCUUGAGGACUCAAAGACAAGACUAGAGGCAGAUCUCAGUUCUUCAAAGAAGGCCAUCAAUGAGAAGCAAAUGGAAAUUGAGAAUCUCCACUCAACGCGAGAGAACAGCAGCCGAAUGAUGCGUUCCAUCGAAGACCAGAAUGCCAUCCUCAAAAGCAAAGUGGAAGACCUGAAGACAAGAAUGGCAAUCGUAUCCAACUCGGAGUCUGAACUCAAGGAUAAACUUUCGGCCAUCAAUCGAUCUCUGAAGGAGACUGUGGCUUCAUCGGGCAGCAUGCAGGAAGAACUCAGUCGGUCUCAGAGCCAGCUGGCGAGAAGCGAUGCUGAGCGCCGUCAGCUGGAGGAGCGUGUAGCGGACCUGCAGAGCGCUGUGGGUGAACUGAAGAGGCAGAAAGAUCAGCUGUCAGAAUAUAAGAGCAAGGCUCAGCAAGAUCUUUCCAAUGCUGAGAUAAAGAAUGCUGAGCUGGAGAUGAAAAUGAAGUCUCUGAAAGGGAACCUUGGCGAGCGAUCAUCUGCAACAGAUGAGCUCAUCUCAAAGGUGACUCGAUUAGAGCAAGAAAAGUCAGAGCUCCGUUCACAUCUUGCCGAAUUGGAGAACCUUGGCGAGCGAUCAUCUGCAACAGAUGAGCUCAUCUCAAAGGUGACUCGAUUAGAGCAAGAAAAGUCAGAGCUCCGUUCACAUCUUGCCGAAUUGGAGAGGAAGUUAGCUGUGAGUGAAGCUGAAAAACAUGACCUUGAAAAGUCUGAUUAUAGAUUUGACAAGGAUAAGUCUGACCUUAAGAAGAUCUUGGAUAAGUAUGAAGACCGGCGCGACCGACGCUCAGAAGGCUUGGGUGGCAUGGAGGACUCAAACAUCAGUGCUCUGCGGAUUGAGAACCUAGAACUGCGACGGAAAAUCGAUGACUUGGAAACACUGAAGACAGAGUUGCAGCAGAAACACCUGAAGGAAACACUGGAAAUGAGCAGCGAUCACAGACGGGAACGCCAGGUUGACAGCGAAAAGAUUCGCCGCCUAACCAACCAGCUGGAGGUCCUGCGACAGGAGAAGGAGCGCUGUGAAUUGAGGAUCCAUUCGCUAGAACAGCAGAUUGCUCAAUACCGAGAUCAAAUACGAGAGUACCGCAACCGUAGCUCAGCUGUGGCCGCAGAUGUGCGCAGAGUACGAAUGUCAAUGACUGAAUCACUCCAUAAUAUAGGCACUCAUCCAAGGGUGUCAACAGGGGUAGUAGAUUCAGAAAUAAAGAACCUCUCGUCGGUCCAAGGAAGGUCGCCCAGGCCAUCACGCGCGCGUCGCUAUGCGUCAGUUUCGCCAGGAAGGCGCUCUGACCAGCCGAGGAAAACACUAACUUUCACAUGAACUGCUAAGACAGUGUUGUGAAAAUGUUAUCUUUGUUCAGAAGUUAGCUCAAACUUCUCUCAAGGCUGAUCUCAAUGUACUGUUCUGUAUGUUCUGUAUGUCUUCAGUGAGACCAGAUCUGAUGCCAGCAGAAUGAUUUACUCGUUCAGAUUGUCUUGGAAGUUGGAUUUUGAAGACUUGUAUUCCCAAGCCAGUUUGUGGCUUGGGUUCCUUCUCACGGAGAAGUCUUUGUUUGUAACCUUCAUUCUGUAACAUUUUACUUUAUUGUUGAGUAAAAUAAUAGCAGCUUGAAGGUCUGAAAUUACUGCCAGUACUUGUACUUUUGGAGGAUUUAUUGAACUGCUAUGAACACUGCCACAAAAUAUUUCUUAUAGUGCUCAUGAUUCCUGUAAAUGACUAUUUAGAGCUGAGGCUUAAUACUUAGAACAGUGUUGUGGACUGUUGAUAUGACCGUGUUCGUUGCUGCAAGUUGAAGCAAUGGGAUCAUUUUGAUAUAUAAAUGCACUAGUUUGGUGCUCUGAAUAAGUGGUGAAUAUUUUCAAGUACGUUUAUAGAAAUAAAAAUGAACAAUAUGUAGUUGACCAUUGUAUUAUAAGCUUAUAUUGUUUACAGUACAAACCGGAGAGUGGAUCAAGGUUCUAUUUCUAGUCAAAUGACACUCAAGACUGAUUUAACACUGCUGAUGAUUCCUGGCAGGCCAAGUUAUACUGAGUUAGAUGGUUUACUUCGGGAAAAUCCACCGUGUCCCAGUUAAAUUUGAGUAUUAAAAAAAAAUUGUCCUACCAGUGUAACUGUUACUUGUUAUUUAAGGUCUACUUAAAGAUACAAAAUUCUAUUGCACAUUCCUAGACAUGAAUCAUACAGUUUAGCUGUAGGAGCACCCAACACGUCCAUUAGGUGUGCCUUCAUUUGUUUAAAACUUAGUCUUAAGAUUGAUGGUUAAAUGUUGUAAAGUUUAAAACAGUUACCACAUUUUGUUUUGUUGCACCAACACUUUUUGUUAUGUACACAAACAACACAAGUCACACUUGAGCAGAUCUUAGGAAUCAGGUUUCAUAUGAUUAUUAUUAUUUUGAAUUCUUUGAGAAAAGAGAUAUCAUUAGAUGUUAGAAGAAUAGGCUGCUGUUCAAAAAAAAAGAUAUUCCAUUAGUUUUAGUUGUAAAAUAUUUGUUAUUUUUUUCCCCCUAUUUUAUGAUAAUUAACUAGUUUCUCAUAUUUAAUUAGGUGAUUUAGAUAUAUCUAUGUUCCGUAGCAUUUUGUACAAUGUUACUUUCUUAUUGAUCUACCUGUAGAUCAGCAAGUGAAGUUUUAGAAGCAGGUCACCAAGUGUAUGCUCAGUCCAAAUGUAUAGCACAAAAUCACAAAUGUAUUGGGACUUCACCUCUUCUUUAUUGCAAGAAAGGCAAAUGACAGUCCCAUAUAUCACUUUGGCCACACCCCCCAUGGUUGACAUACUGUCAUAAGCAUAACACUUGAUAUAUAUAUAUAUAUACAUGUAUGUAUAUUUUUUUUCUUUGUAAAGAAUAUGUAUACUAUUUAAAUGACAUCAUUCAUCAACAGUUUUGGUAUAGAUCAUCCUGACUGGAACAAUAUGGGAUCAAGUGACUGCCUCAGAAACCUUAGCCUUUACUUUUGGGUAACUGUCAUUUCUAUUAUCAAUAAAAAUAGCAAACUUUGCAUGUCAUGUAGACAUAGAUAAAUAUAAGAAAAAGUCAAGUGAA